AUAUACGUAGAGGAUUCUGUGAAAGCAUUCAAAGCGCAUUACAUUGGUAAAUCUGUCAGGCAAUUAAAUAGAAUUGAAAUAUUUAUUUAUAAGAGUGUUUCACCAAGUAAUGGCAAAAGAGCGGAGUUUGAUAUAAUUUAUUGAAAUUUUAAAGUCGCUCUUGUUGAAAUUCGAAAAAAAAAAUGAAAAAUGCGAAAUGCGUUGGCAAAACUGUGGUAGUGGCCUGUUCGUCGACGUUCUAGCAGUCACUGCGGAAAUUCAAUAUGGUGUCCGUCGUUCAGCGGUUCACGUCGGAUGUCCGUAUUUUGAGAUAAAAUUAUCACAGGGGAACCGAGUGGCCACUGGUAAUUAUGAAAAUUCGUUUAAAAGCACGGUGUUGCACCUAAAAGAAUUCUUAUGAAACGCCGGCGUAUGGAUUAGAGACUCGUGUAGAUCCAGUGCUCUUGAGGAAACGAGUAUUGGAACCCUGUGGCCCACUGUGUGUUGUCUCACUGUGUUUUAGCUUGAUUAAUAUCAGAUAAAUUUGAGGCCAAAAAUGGAAGCCGCAACAGUGGACAGUAAUGACGAGGUAUCUAAGUCUGACAUAACGAAGGGAAAAGUCAAAUCAAUGAAGAAUAGUAAUGUUGAGGACAUUGCCACAUUGGAUAUUGAGUCUCGGCUCAGUCUGCAAACCAGUGAAAAUUGUCCUGAGCCACAUACUAAUGGUCUCCACCAGGUAAAUGGUAUUUGCGAUUCUCCAGAGAGAGGUACCGAUGCCAUUACUGGGCUCAUGAACAAGACUCAGAACAUGGAUACUAGUCAUUCAAAUAAAUCUGAAAAUGUGGGAGCACCAACCAUAGAGAGCAAAGACAGUGACAUUCAGUAUGUCAGCUAUACCAGCGAAUUGCAAAUGCCAGAUAUUAUGAAAUUAAUCCAGAAAGACCUGAGCGAGCCAUAUUCAAUUUAUACUUAUAGAUAUUUUAUUCAUAACUGGCCAAAAUUGUGCUUUCUGGCAAUGCACGAAGAGGAGUGCGUGGGAGCCAUUGUCUGCAAGUUAGAUAUCCACAGAAAGGUGAUAAAGCGUGGAUACAUAGCAAUGCUGGCUGUCGAUGUGAAGUACCGUAAGCGCAAAAUUGGUUCAAACCUAGUGAGAAGAGCUAUCCGGGCAAUGGUAGAGGACGAUGCUGACGAGGUUGUCCUAGAAACAGAGAUCACCAAUAGACCAGCCCUUCGACUCUACGAGAAUCUUGGAUUCGUGCGGGACAAACGACUCUUUCGAUAUUACUUGAAUGGCGUGGACGCCCUACGACUGAAGUUAUGGCUCAGAUGAAACUCGUCUUCGUGUUUAUGCCAAUAGGAACUUAAAUAAAAUUCGGCGAACGAAAGAAAAGGGAGAGAGAAAAAAGCAAGUACGAAUAACACAAAGCUCUCCGCUCGACUUCAGGCAAUUGCGUAUGACGUUAAUGCCAAAGUAAUUAUCUCCGGAUGAUGGAUCAUAAAAGACAAUACUUGGGAUCCGUGCAAUUCUUUUCCUUGAACAUCGAGGUCGCCUACACACAACGAAAUUUCUUAUUGUUUUAUCCUGACCAUGUUCUCAAAAUAGUAAUAGUUAAUUCUUUGUCAAACAAUCUCUUGAUUUUCAUUAUUUUCGGUUUCCUUUAAACAUAAUAUAUUUACUGUCGCACAAUCAUGAAUUACGUUACUUGUCAAUUUUUGCAACCUGUAUCAUAUCCACGUGUAUCAUUCAUAGAGAUAAUACCUCUGGUGUUAACGUUAGACUCCAGAAUAGAUUCGAGCUCAGCUUAAAACUAUAUGAAAAGGGCAAAGUGAUAGAGCAUUGUGAAAUCGGCACUGUGACAAGCGUACUGAAAAUAAGUUAUGUAUCUUGCGUCUGACAACACAUCCACAACACGACCGAACAGAAUUACAUGCGUACACGGAAUGACACAUGCCCCACGCUGGAGUACAGACUCGAGCUUAAUGCAAUGAAUUAACUCUUAAAUGUUGAAUUCCAGACGAGAAAAAUGUAUUAAAAAGAAAGUUAAAAACGUAAGCGGAACUACGCAUAAUGAAUGAGUCGGUAACGAACUUAUUUCGUGCCAAUGGCUCUAGUGACUGAUAAGACUGCGAGUCAGUAUAAGUUUAUACAUCUUGAAUAUUCUGAACCUCGCUUCUUCAGCUGGGAGUAAAUUUCCAUUGCAUAAAACUGAAUCGUAGCCCUGCGUGGGAAUAGAUAUUUAAUUUAAGUAUAAAUCCGAAAAAUCGUCGGAUUACAGCAAAGCUAACGAAAUUUUCCAAGUAAACGUGUAAAGACAAACGAGGAUUGUCCAAUGUUUAUAUAUAACAUUUAAUGAUAAUAAAGUGAAAAUUAUCGUCAAUGGAAUUUGGGAUAUUCCAGAACUGCGUCGAUGACGGAUAAAAAGAAAUUUGACGCAGAU